GCCGCCCUCAUCUACAUGUUCCUGGGGAUGUCCAUCAUCGCCGACCGCUUCAUGUCCUCCAUCGAGGUCAUCACGUCGCAGGAGCGCGAGGUCACCAUCACCAAGCCCAACGGCGAGACCACCACCACCACCGUGCGCGUCUGGAACGAGACCGUGUCCAACCUCACGCUGAUGGCGCUGGGCUCCUCGGCGGAGAUCCUGCUGUCCGUCAUCGAGGUGGUGGGCCACCAGUUCCAGGGCGGCUCCUUGGGGCCCAGCACCAUCGUGGGCAGCGCCGCCUUCAACAUGUUCAUCAUCAUCGCGCUGUGCGUGUACGUGGUGCCUGAGAACGAGGUGCGCAAGAUCAAGCACCUGCGGGUGUUCUUCGUCACGGCCACCUGGAGCAUCUUCGCCUACAUCUGGCUGUACCUCAUCCUGGCCGUCAUCUCCCCCGGGGAGGUGGAGGUCUGGGAGGCCGUGCUCACCUUCCUCUUCUUCCCGCUGUGCGUGCUCCAGGCGUGGAUCGCCGACCGACGCCUCUUCUUCUACAAGUACGUCAACAAGCGUUACCGCGCCGACAAGAAGCGCGGCAUCAUCAUCGGGACGGAGGGCGACGGCGUGUUCACCAAGAUGGACCUGGAGAUGGACGGCGGCCGCGGGGCCAACUGCUACUCCGACCCCAAGGAUGUCCUGGACGGGAUGCUGGAGGGGGUGGAGGAGGGCGGAGGAGGCCUGGACCCGGGGCAGGUCCAGGAGGAGGAGGCCCGGCGGGAGAUGGCCCGCACGCUGAAGGAGCUGAAGCAGCGGCACCCAGAGAAGGACAUGGAGCAGCUGAUCGAGAUGGCCAACUACCAGGUGCUGGUGCAGCAGCAGAAGAGCCGCGCCUUCUACCGCAUCCAGGCCACGCGCAUGAUGAUCGGGGCGGGCAACAUCCUGAAGAAGCACGCGGCCGACCAGGCCCGCAAGGUGGUGAGCUGCCACGAGGGCAGCGGCCAGGAGGAGGACCCCCACACCGUCUACCUGCAGUUUGAGCCGUCCCACUACCAGUGCUUCGAGAACUGCGGCUCCCUGAAGCUCUCCGUGGGGCGCCACGGCGGCGACACCGGCUGCACCGUCAAGGUGGACUACCGCACCGAGGACGGCACGGCCAACGCGGGCUCCGACUACGAGUUUGCGGAGGGCACGCUGGUGUUCAAGCCCGGCGAGGCGGUGAAGGAGUUCACCGUGGGCGUCAUCGACGACGACAUCUUCGAGGAGGACGAGCACUUCUACGUGCACCUCAGCAACCCCCGCGUGGCGCACCGCGCCGAGGUGGCCACCCUGGAGCCCGGCGCCAUCACCUCCGGCGGCGGCCCGUCGGGCGGCGGCCUGGCGUCCUACGUCCAGCCCAAGGCGGCGCUGGGCUCCGCCCACUCCGCCACCGUCACCAUCUACGAUGACGACCACGCCGGCAUCUUCACCUUCGAGAGCGGCGCCAUGCGGGUGAGCGAGAGCGUGGGCAGCAUGCAGAUCAAGGUCCACCGCACGUCGGGCGCCAGGGGCAAGGUGGCCAUCCCGUACCACACCAUGGAGGGCACGGCCAAAGCCGGCGAGGACUACCAGGAGGUGGCCGGCAAGCUGGAGUUCCAGAACGACGAGACCAUGAGACUGCUGGACGUGAAGAUCAUCGAUGAUGAGGAGUACGAGAAGAACAAGACCUUCAUCAUCGUGCUGGAGGAGCCCAUCCUGCUGGAGGUCGGCCAGAAGCACGGGGACUCCAACGAUAACAAGCCGAUGGUGGACUUGGUGGACGUGGCCAAGAUGGGCUGCCCCAGCCUGGGGGAGCACGUCCGCCUGGAGGUGGUCAUCGAGGAGUCCUACGAGUUCAAGAACACGGUGGAUAAGCUGAUCAAGAAGACCAACCUGGCCCUGGUGGUCGGCAGCAGCAGCUGGAGGGAGCAGUUCGUUAGUGCUGUCACUGUGAGCGCAGGUGAGGGUGACGAUGACGAUGAGGACAGCGGCGAGGAGCGCCUGCCCUCCUGCUUCGACUACAUCAUGCACUUCCUCACCGUGUUCUGGAAGGUUCUGUUCGCCUUCGUGCCGCCCACCGAGUACUGGAACGGCUGGGCCUGCUUCUUCGUGUCCAUCUCCCUGAUCGGCGUUCUGACGGCCGUCACCGGAGACCUCGCCUCGCACUUCGGCUGCACCGUCGGCCUCAAGGACUCCGUCACCGCCGUGGUGUUUGUGGCGCUCGGGACCUCCGUCCCAGACACCUUCGCCAGUAAGGUGGCGGCCAUCCAGGACCAGUACGCCGACGCGUCCAUCGGCAACGUGACGGGCUCCAACGCCGUCAACGUGUUCCUGGGCAUCGGCGUGGCCUGGACCAUCGCCUCCGUCUACUGGAGCUCCCGCGGGCAGAAGUUCCUGGUGAACCCCGGCUCGCUGGCCUUCUCCGUCACGCUGUUCACGGUGAUGGCGGUGUGCUGCGUGAUGGUGCUGCUGUACCGCCGCCGGCCGGGCGUGGCGGGGGGCGAGCUGGGGGGGCCGCGGACUGCCAAGCUCCUCACCCUCGGCCUGUUCCUGUCCUGCUGGUUAAUCUACAUCCUGCUGUCCUCCCUGGAGGCCUACUGCCACAUCCCCGGCUUCUGA